AAACGAAAAAAAAAAAACAAUUCUGCGGUAAAUCAGAAAACCAUUGUAGCGAAUAUCGGUAUAAAAGGCCCGGUAGCCUCCAUCGAAAUCAGUUCCAACUCAGUGUUCCAUCACCGAACAUCAUGAAUACCCUUAAAGGGCUCUGUGUGCUCGCCCUAGUGGCCCUCUGCGCAAUUUCUUACACCCAAGCGAGGGAGAUCUCCAGGGAGAGACGUGAAGCUGAGGCGGUCAGCGAUCUAGAAGCAGCCGCCUCUGGUCACGGACACAAAUGGGAUAAGGGCGGCGGCCACGAACACCACGCGGACCACCACUCGUCCCACGGGGAGAAAGGCGACAAGGGAUACAAGGGACACCACCACCACGAGAAGGGCGAAAAGGGACACCACGACAAGGAGGGACACAAACACCACUACGAAGAACACGGGGGCCACAAAAAGAAGCACCACCACGACGACGGGUACCACGGCGAACACCACAAGGGCGAAAAGGGCGAGAAGGGACACAAGUACGGUGAGAAGGGCCACUACAAGAAGGGACACCACACCCACGGCGGCCACGACGUACAUAAACUCGACGAGUACAAGAAGGAGAAACACUUCUUCGAUGAAGACCACGACUCAGGCCACCACGAGAAACACGGAGGGUUCCACCACGAGCACGGAUACAAGAAGGGCGGUCACAAGAAGGGCGGACACAAGAAGGGCGGCCACCACGAGGACCACUACGGGAAGAAGGGUCACCAUGAGAAGGGAGGGCACCACCACGAGGAGGGCGGCCACAAGAAAGCGGGCGGCCACGAUUCUCACCAUCACCACGAGCACAAACACGGCAAAAAGGGCGGCCACGAGGACCACAAACACUGGGGCCACAAGAAGAGCAGUAAACACUGAUGUGCGCCCGUUUUACCAUUGUGUUGUUGACUAUGUUACGAUUGUUGUUGUUUUUGUUUUGUUAUCUGGUUUUAAAAAUAAAAAUGUGAUUUAAUA